AUGUAAUAUUUCACAACAAAAAAUUUGCCGCCAACUGGAGUCUACUGAAGCUGCUGCCGAAGUUAAGAAAGAAACAUUCAUGAAAAUAGCACUUUUAGGUUCAUUUGUCGAUAGAUAAAGCAGCGGGAGCCGAAAUGGACGAAUAUGACGAACUUUUCGGGAUCCAGGACGACUUCGAAGACCAGUUCGCCGACGAGCUGGAGGUUCUGGCUCAGAUGGAGGAGGAAUCUUCCAAACAAGCGAAACGUCAGAGUCGAGGUCCAAGAGACGACAUUUCAGAUGUAGAGCACCUGCUGGAUGAUCAAUCCACCACUCCAAAAGCAAAGCGGCAGAAACAGGAUACCGGUGUGGCCAAGCGGCUCUUCAACGCAUCACAACUUCAAGAGAGAAAAAUCACAUCGCAGAGUGAUGACAUCACACCGCCGUCCUCUCCAGAGCACUACGAGCCUCCAGACUCCCUCAGGUCGACCCCUGCUGUGCUGGAUAUCAGUGGCUUUGCUGCAAUCCCAGAGACACCCCAGCGACCUCCCACGGCAACACCAGCAUCCCUGCGAGUGCUGAGGCGGCCUCCUUUAGAAGGAGACUACAUCAGUGUGACAGACUCAUUGGGGAGUCGAGUCUACCUCAGACAGAAAGAAGACGUGGGGACGAAGGUAGUGGACUCCAGAAUGCUGCCAAACUCGCAGGGUGGACUGGGGCUGCUGGCAGUGCCAAUAGGAGUCCUGAGAGAACAAGAGGCAGAGAAGCGUCACCAGCAGGUUGUGGAGGAAUCACAGCGUCUUACCGAGCUGCUGACUAACAGCGUGAACGAUGUGUUUGUUGAGCCUGGAAACACAGAGAAUGAAGAGAACGAGGAUCCUGAAGACGCAGAAGGCCGAGCGUCUCGACUCUGGGUGGACAGAUUCUCUCCUCGGCACUACACGGAGCUUCUCAGUGAUGAUUUUACCAACCGCUGUCUGCUCAAGUGGCUGAAGCUUUGGGACACUGUGGUGUUUGGGAGGGAGAGGAAGUCCCGCCCAGCUCGAUCUGACCGACAGGUGGCCAAUCAGAACUCGUUCAAACCCAACCAAGGAGGUCAAAAUCAAAAUCGCUUCAAGACUAAGGUUGAGAUGACGGAAGAGAUUCUGGAAGCUGAACUGGAUCAGUACAAACGGCCCAAAUUCAAGGUGGCUUUGCUGUCUGGUCCUCCAGGUUUGGGCAAGACCACCCUGGCUCAUGUCAUCGCAAAGCAUGCUGGGUACAAUGUGGUGGAAAUCAAUGCCAGCGAUGAUCGCAGUGCCGAGGUUUUCCAGAAACGCAUCGACACGGCAACGCAGAUGAAGUCUGUUUUAGGAGCCAACGAGAGGCCGAACUGCCUCAUUAUUGAUGAGAUCGACGGGGCCCCUACGGCUGCCAUCAACAUACUGUUAGCAGUUCUGAACAGAAAAGACGGACAUGGUGGGGAAGCUGGAACAGAGACCACGAAGAAGAAAAAGAAGAAGGAGUCCAUCCUGCUUCGACCGAUCAUCUGCAUCUGUAAUGACCUUUAUGUUCCGGCUCUCAGACCUCUCCGGCAGCAGGCCUUCCUUCUUUCUUUCCCACAAACACAACCUUCCCGCCUUGCACAGAGACUGGCAGAGAUCUCCCAGCGACAGGGCCUGAAGGCAGACACGGGAACUCUGAUGUCGCUGUGUGAGAAGACAGACAACGACAUCCGGUCCUGCAUCAACACUCUGCAGUUUCUACAUGGACGAGGCCUCAAGCGUCUGGACAGCAGGAUGAUUCAGUGUGUCUCUGUGGGGCAGAAGGACCAGAACAAAGGACUGUUUCAUCUGUGGCAGGAGAUCUUCCAGCUACCUCGUAUAAAACGGAAACGCAUCGGUGAAGGUUUUGAAGAGACACCAGGUUCAGGAGGUGGAGCUCAGAGGUUCCAGCACAUUCUAAAUCUGGCUUCAUCUAGUGGAGAGUAUGAAAAGGUUUCUCAGGGUCUGUAUGAUAAUUAUCUGUCCAUGCGUGUGAGGGACCCCAACCUUCACAGUGUGUGUGAGGCUCUGGAUUGGAUGUUGUUCUCUGACAGGCUGAACCAAGUGAUUCUACAUGGACAGAACUUCUCUCUGAUGAGAUACCUGCCGUUCCUCUCUGUCACGUUUCACUUCCUGUUUGCCCACACACAUGUGCCCCGCAUCAACUAUCCCCACAGCCAGCAUGAGGCCUCCUCCCGUCUCCUCAGCAGCAGGAAUGCUUUGUCCACCAUGUUGGCCGACAUCCCAGCAAGCAUCAGAGCGAGGAUCAGCCAGCUCAGCCUGACCCUCGAUAUUCUCACCUUGCUUCUUGACAUCAUCUGUCCCAAACUACGGCCUGUGAACCCACAACUGUUCAGCAACAGAGAGAAAGAGCAGAUGCACGAGCUGAUCGACACCAUGCUGGCCUAUAACCUCUCGUACAGGCAGGACCGCACACCCGAGGGACAGUACACAUAUGUGCUGGAGCCGCGUGUGGAGGAGGUGGCGAGGUUUACCAGCCUGCCUCCGCGCCGCCAGCUGACGUAUCAGGCCAAACAAACCAUCAGCAGAGAGAUGGAGCAGGAGAAGAUGAGGAGGGCCGAGCGACUGAUGCUGCAGCGAAACCCUGCAGCGAAACAGGAAGAAAAGAAGAGUGCUGGUCCUAAACCUGCCAGGAAUCAUCAGCAGAGGUUGGAGAACAUUGUCAAGCAGACCACAGUGGAGACCAGGCCGGAGUUGGACUUCUUCGGUCGAGCUGUGGCCCCCAAACCUCAGAGACCUCAGCCGUCCUCAGAGACAGGAGAGAAGUGUGCAGUUGUGGCGAUGGGGACGGCGGUGGGCAACAGCGACGUGUGGUUCCGCUUCAACGAGGGCAUGUCCAACGCCGUCAGACGAAAUGUCUACAUCAGAGAGCUACUGUAACACUCACGUGCACACACACGCACCGUAUGCACGAAAGUAUUUGGACACCCAGCUAAAGACGCCAGUUUAUGAAAAGAAUUGUUGAAGAUGAAAAGGAUCUCAGAGUUUUCUGGAAAGAAAACUCGUGAGUGAUUUAGUUGAGUCUCAAAUUGAAAUGUCAAAGAAGACCUGCACAGACAAUUAAUGCAACAAGAAAAUCUCUGCAGAAGAGACACCUCAAAUAGACUAAGUAAACUCUUUCCUCUGUUAACCUGCACUUGGGAAAUGUUUGAAAAAGAGUAACGUUCAAUUGUUUUAGUGUCCACGCCGCAUUGUCAAAAUUCCCCUUCAUUAGAACUAAAAACCAUCUCCUGGUUUCCACGUGUUUUUGAGCAUAUCUGCCUCGUAUUUGUUGUAACGAAAUCACCCACAUCGAUGCUGUUAAAUUCAAAACAGUCUUUAUUUGGAUUGACAGUGUAAAGAGCCAAUAAAAAGGGUGUCGUUGAACAUUUGUUCGGCAGUCCGUCAAAACAAACCUCUAGAAAGCUACUCGGUGCUGUACAACUCACACACACACACACUUGUCUCCACGUAAAGUAACAGCAUUCAGGAGUCUCCAAAUCAAUAAAUAACAAACAUGAUCAUAGCAAUAAAGUGUGUGAGAGAGAGAGUAUGACAUAGUGCAGUGUGACCGUUUAGGAGUGCAUGAUUCUUUAGUUUGGAUGCAUCCGUGAUUGUGUGUGUAUCCGUGUGUGUGUGCAUGUGUGUGAUCAUUAGAGGAUCACACACUUGCCCUUCUCCACCCAGGGGUUAGCUCUCAUCAGCUCGGGGUUCAGAAAUGGAUCUUCACAAACGCAACCCUCGAUCCACUUCACCAGCCUGCAAAAAAACAAGAAAAGCACACACUAUCAGCACUGAUACGACAUUCAGGACCUCACAAAGUGUGUGUGUGUGUGUGUGUGUGUGUGUGAGAAAGACAGAGACGCACUCGGUAACAGUGAUGGAGGAUUUCUCUCUGUUGAUUGCCAGCUGAUACUGAAGGCUCUCCACUUCUCUCCUCAUCUGUGGGACGUCUAACUCCUCCAUGAUGCUACUGCUGUUAAAAAAAAAAAAAAAACACAAACGUAGAUCAUUUAAAAGUCUUGUUUUAUUGUUUGGUGCAAACCCAAUUAAAAGUCACACUCUGUGAUAAAAAUGCCAAUAAAAGGCUGAAAGAACACGUGUGGAAGCUGCUAAAUGCUUUCUAAGAAGUGAUACGUUUAAUAGCCAGACUCUAAUAUCUAUUACGAUCAUUUAAUUUUAGGUUUCUCAUCUUUUAGAGAGUUUACAGCUCAAACAAAUAUGUCACUGUGAUGCAGUAGUUUACAGACUCUGACUAAUUUGCAUCUACAGGUCAGAACAACACAAUAACAGACACACAGUAGCAACAAAAUGCUGAACAACCUGCUUCCAAACCCAAUUUAAGGCCCCAAUCUUUAAUAAAAAAUGCAAAUGAAAGGAUAAAAAGAAGUGAGAAAGCUGCUAUAUGCUUUAUAACAAGUGAUAAGCUUAAUAUCAGGACUCUAAUAUCAAUUAGGAUCAUUUAUUUUUAAUGUAAAUGUCACUGUGCUGCACCAGUUUACAACUUGUAGCUAAUUUGCAUCUACAGUCCCUCACCAAGUCCAAACAACACAAUAACAGGCAGCACAUAUACUGUAGCAACAAAAUGCUGAACAACCUGCUUCCAAACCCAAUUUAAAGUCACAAUCUGUGGUAAAAAUGCAAAUAAAAUGAUGAAAGCAUGCAUGGAAGGUGCUAAAUGCAUUUUAACAAGUGAUACGCUUAAAGACAGGACUCUAAUUUUACCUUUUUUUGUAUUUCGUACUUAGUUGUUUUUCUGAUUACUGUACAAUGAGAAAUAAGAUUCAGUGGAGUCAAAUUCCUUAUUUGCAUAGAAACUUGGCCAAUAAAGCUGAUUCUAACAUCUAUUACAAUCAUUUGUUUUCAAGACAUCUCAUCCAAAUCAAAAUUCAUCAACGGCUGCUUUAACUUAUUGUUUUGCCGUUCUCUUCUGCGUAAAAGCAAAACCAGUAAUUCUGCUUGUACUCCAGGAUGACAGGAGUAAAUAAAGCAUUUGUCGGACUAUUUUUAGCAGCGGAUUAAUGUAGAUUUGAUGUCCAGUUGAGUUCCGACAGCAGCAGUGUGAUGUAUGUGGGACUGAGUCACAGUAAACUGCAGAAAAGUGGAUCAUGAUGAAGAAACUAAUCGCUGAUGACUUAAAUAGAUUUUAAUCCACAAUGGGAGGACAUUGCACCAAGGAUCACACUAUAGCAGCACUGAGAUACAGAAAUAAUGUUUGCUUGGAUUAUUUAGGUGUAUUUAUAGACAUUAUUAUUAUUAAUUAAUGAUUCACUGUAUUUCAUUUUUAAUAUCACAUCAACACCACUUAUACAGACAUAAAAACAUUUUACAUAUGAAGCAUACAAUGUUAUUUAGAAAUACAAUUUAAAUCUUACAAAUAGACCCACAAAAAUA